UUGAAAAGUAACCAACAAAGAAUGGAGGAGAAGUUGGAUUAUCUAAUUGAAUUAGUGCUCUCGCAACGUAAAGGUAGUGAUUCUGAGGAUUCAUUAUCAGAUGAGCAUCUUGCUUCACCACACCAUACAUUUAUUAUGGAGCACGUUGUUGGAGAAGAUAGCCCUAGCUGUAAGGUGGUAUCUCCUGGAGAUAUGGCUGGGGUGUAAUUCAAGAGAAGGAGGGUUCCAACGAAAAUAAUUUUUGGUUCCGAGUUUACUGAUCCAACUAAGAAGAAAAAGAAAGCAAAGACAAUUGUAACUGAUCCUUGUGAAAUUAAUCCCCUACAGCCAUAUGACGAAAAGCAAAUGAGACAUUUUAAGAAAUGGGUAAUUGGUUUAAAAAAGAAUGAUAAGCCUAUUUCUCUCUUGGCUGGUUCGUGCACUGUGAAAUGGUUUAUUCAGCUACUUACACCACGUACAUGGCUGGACGGACUGCACAUUGAUGCAGCUUUAGGGUUGAUGAAAGAACGAGUGUACACUUACAAGAAGCCUUACUCCGAAAGAUUCACCAUCGUGGAUUCUAUGUUCCAACAGUUCUUCGAACCACAUUGGGAACAAUUCAACAAGAAGAAAAUCAAAUCAAGCUACAUUUGGCCACAAGAAGUGCUUGAUUACUUGGUAGGUGAUGAUAACAAUUUCAAAAGGAGUUGGAAAGACAUUGACGAAGUGUUUACCCCAAUUAAUUUUUCUGGGACACAUUGGGUGUUGUUAGAGAUAUCAUUGACAAGCUGUCUUAUAAAAGCUUAUGACUCUGAUAUCACUGUGGUCUCCAACAAGGAGAUUGAGAAUAAAAUGAGCAGAUGGGGAAAAAUGCUACCAUUUCUAAUUCAAUCCAGUGGGCUGUUAAGCCAUAGGAAAGAUGUCCAACUACAAGCACAGAAAGUGCGUUUUGAGUUCACAAGACUUGGCACAGAAAAAGUGCCACAAACCAAAACUAGUGGCGAUUGUGGGGUAUAUGUCAUCAAACAUCUGGAGUACUUGCUAGCCAAAAAACCGCUAUCCGAAGUAAAUGACGACAACAUGGAUUUCUUUAGAAAAAAGACUUGUGUAGAUUUGUUUUACCAUAACUUACAACCAUAGUUGUCUUUUAUUUAAAUAUAUGUAUCUUACUUUUGAAUGUAUGAAGAAACUAUGUCAACUUCAUCUCAUUAAAUGGUAUUGAAUGACUUCGUUUAUUUCAUCUUAAUAGUGGAAUGGAUAAAUCU